AGCUUACCAGAUCAAGGAAGAAAUUACGAAGUCAAGGUCGAAGUUGCUGGCACCUCUCUUCUGAGUGGGGAUCUUCAGAGCCCAGGAAUGAGUGUCCACUCAAAGGAUCAUCCAGAAUCAUUGAGCAUUCGACUACAACUGGAAAGCAGAGAACUGAUCAUACACCUGGAAAGAAAUGAAGGUCUCAUUGGGAGCAGCUUCACGGAGACGCACUACCUGCAAGACGGCACUGAUGUCUCCCUCGCCCGCAACUACACCGGUCACUGUUACUACCACGGACACGUGCAAGGCGACGCAGAUUCCACAGUCAGCCUCAGCAUCUGCUCUGGUCUCAGGGGACUUAUUGUGUUUGAAAACCAGACCUACAUCUUAGAGCCAAUGAAAAAUACCACCAACAGAUACAAGCUCUUCCCCGCAGAGGACCUGGGUGGCAUCUGGGGGUCGUGUGGAUUGCACCAUAACACCACCCGCCUCCCCACGCCUGCCAUGUCUCCGGCACUCACCCAGAUGCAGGCAAGAAGGCAUAAAAGGGAGACACUCAAGAUGACCAAGUAUGUCGAGCUGGUUAUUGUCGCCGACAACCGAGAGUUUCAGAGGCAAGGAAAAGAUCUGGAAAAAGUUAAGCAGCGUUUAAUAGAGAUCGCUAAUCACGUUGACAAGUUUUACAGACCGCUGAACAUUCGGAUAGUGUUGGUGGGUGUGGAGGUCUGGAAUGACAUUGACAAAUGCUCCAUAAGCCAGGAUCCAUUCUCCAGCCUCCAUGAAUUUCUGGACUGGAGGAAGAUGAAGCUGCUACCUCGCAAAUCCCACGACAAUGCCCAGCUCAUCAGUGGGGUUUAUUUCCAAGGGACCACCAUUGGCAUGGCGCCCAUCAUGAGCAUGUGCACGGCAGAGCAGUCCGGAGGAGUUGUCAUGGACCAUUCAGACAGUCCCCUCGGUGCAGCCGUGACCCUGGCACACGAGCUGGGCCACAACUUUGGGAUGAACCAUGACACGCUGGAGAGGGGCUGCAGCUGCAAAACGGCUGCCGACAAAGGAGGCUGCAUCAUGAACCCUUCUACCAGGUUCCCGUUUCCCAUGGUGUUCAGCAGCUGCAGCAGGAAGGACCUGGAGACCAGCCUGGACAAAGGCAUGGGGGUAUGCCUCUUCAACCUGCCGGAAAUCAAGCAAGCCUUCGGGGGCCGGAAGUGUGGGAAUGGAUAUGUUGAAGAGGGAGAGGAAUGUGACUGUGGGGAGCCAGAGGAAUGUACCAACCGCUGCUGCAACGCCACCACCUGCACCCUGAAGCCAGAGGCCGUGUGCGCCCACGGGCUGUGUUGUGAAGACUGCCAGCUGAAGCCGGCAGGAACGUCGUGUAGGAGCACCAGCAACUCCUGCGACCUCCCGGAGUUCUGCACAGGAGCCAGUCCUCACUGCCCAGCCAACGUCUACCUGCACGACGGGCACCCGUGCCAGGGAGUGGAUGGCUACUGCUACAAUGGCGUCUGCCAGACCCACGAGCAGCAGUGCGUCACCCUCUGGGGCCCAGGUGCUAAGCCUGCCCCCGGGAUCUGCUUUGAGAGAGUCAACUCUGCAGGGGAUCCCUAUGGCAACUGUGGUAAAGAUGCCAAGAGCGUAUUCACCAAAUGCGAGAUGAGAGAUGUUAAAUGUGGGAAAAUCCAGUGCCAAGGAGGUGCCAGCCGACCAGUCAUUGGUACCAAUGCGGUUUCCAUAGAAACAAAUAUCCCACUGCAGGAAGGAGGUCGGAUUCUGUGCCGGGGGACCCAUGUGUACCUGGGCGAUGACAUGCCCGACCCCGGCCUUGUGCUCGCAGGGACCAAGUGCGCAGAUGGAAAAAUCUGCCUCAACCGGCGAUGCCAGAACGUCAGCGUCUUCGGCGUUCACGAGUGCGCCAUGCAGUGCCACGGCCGGGGAGUGUGCAACAACAGGAAGAGCUGCCACUGCGAGGCGCGCUGGGCGCCUCCCUUCUGUGACAAGUUUGGCUUUGGCGGAAGCACAGACAGCGGCCCCACCCGGCAAGCAGAUCACCACGGCCUGGCCCUGGGAGUCCUGCUGAGUGUCCUGUGUCUCCUGGCUGCUGGCUUUGUGGUUUAUCUCAAGAGGAAGGCCCUGAUCCGAGUGCUGUUCACGCAUAAGAAAACCGCCAUGGAGAAGCUGAGGGGUGUGCGCCCCUCCCGGCCGGCCAGCGGCUCCCAUCCUGGACAGGCUCACCCCGCCCACCUCGGGAAAGGCCCAGUCAGCAGGCCACCCUGCUUCAGAACUUCCAAGGACAAGAGAUGGCCACCGUGUCCGGGUGCUGACGUCAGCAGAGCCCUCCACACCCGAGCCGCGCCUCGGCCACCAUCUCCUCAGCGAGUGCUCCUGCCCCUGCCCCUGCGCCAGGCCCCACGCGUGCCCAGCGGCCCCGCCAGACCCCUGCCUGCACACCCGGGACUCAAGCACACGCAGGGACCCUGUAAGCCAAGCCCCCCUCAGAAGCCUCUGCCCGCCAAUCCUUUGAGCAGAGCACCCCGGCUCACCAGCACCCUCACCAGUACCGCCGCGGCCUCGGUAGCCAGGACCCCAGGCCAGCAGGAGCCUGGGCCCCGCCCAGCCCCCACCAGACCUGUUCCCAAGUAUCCACCCCAAAUGUCCAGAGGCACCCGCUUUGCCUAUGUGAAGUGAGCAGCAGGCCCACCGACACCUUAGUUCCACAGUGAAGACAGAAGUUUGCACUAUCAACUCCAGUUGGGAGUGACAUUUUUUUUGUACCAACUUUGAGGGGAGGGGGGGGAAAUGUUUUUAAUCUUUAAAACACCAAUUAUUUUCAAGAACUUUGAGCUACUGCGGCCAGUGCUGUGCUGUGCUGUGGUGCUCUGUGUACUAGCUCAGGUACUUGUAAAUUAUUAAUUUAUGUGCAGGGCGUUCACGGCGCGGUCGCUGCGGUAGCCGCCGCCCGCCGCUGUUUCCCAUGGAAGGAGGGCUUGUCGUGCUUUGAAUGCCUUCACAGUGUUGCAGGCUCCCGCCUGGUGCGAUUCUGGACACGAUGUUUACUUUCUGAUCAAGGCUCUAGUGGAAAGCAGCUUCCCAACCACCCACAGCGCAGCUAUGGUGGUGGCAUCAGACCGGGCUCCAGAGACCCCUGUAGACGCUGGAGUGGUUUUCCUGAAAGCCUUAGCUUGGGCCAGAGCUGAGAACCUGCAGGUCCAGGCUGGGUUUCGCCUUCAGGGAGGCCUUGGGCCCCUGCACGCUGAUGGCCCCACUUGGCCACGCAGGCAGAGACGAUAGGGGAGGAUCUGGCUUCUGGCCAGGGAUCUCUGGAGAGAACCUGAGAGGCAUACAGGAAUGUGGAGGUGUGGCCACACCAAGCCAGCCACCCAGGCAGACACUUGACCUUGAGCUGCCUGGCCGUGAGCGUGUUUGAAGUGCAGACCACGAGGGGAUCUCAGUAGUGCUCAAGGUUUUUGCUUUAUGGAAACAAUACCUUUUUCUGGCUGCUCUUCACCAAGAGCUGGCAACAGACCCACUAUUUAGAUGGGAAGGGUGAUGUUUCUACACAUGCCCCAGCACUUCAAACCUCCAUCUCCCUGUACUGUGUGGAGCUAAGCAAAUUAGUGCAUUGUCUUCUCAGCUGCAAGACAAUGAGCCCACGUUCAGACAGAUAGAUGAGGCCUUCCGUGGGACCAUGAUGGUUUUCAGAUAUGAACUAGAAACCACUCAGUUCUGUAGAUAAAAUCUACAGAAGUAGGCAGCAUCCUCAGCCAAAUGGAAACUACAGCCAAAUGUGCUCCUUGGUACAGCCCACGUCUGCUUCCCUUGUUAGUAGACACUGUACACCGAAGCCUGAGUUACCAUGCAGUUCUGUCUGUUUUCUCAACCAGGUGACAGGAGUAAGAUGUGUUUAGCAUAGUCUGAACCUUAAAAAUUUGCAUCCAACCCCUUGAGAUCAUGCAAUGUGAUAAGGAAUUCAAUUUCCUAAUCCUGUAUUUUCAUGAAGGACAAGCUUGGGCACACUGCCUCUCCCGCCUGUCACUCUCCCCGUAUCUGCCUGGAGAGCUGGUUUCUUGAGAUCUUUAAGGUGCCUGAUCCACAUGAAUAAUGAGGUCAAAAUGCUAUCCAUCUUCUGGUGGGUCAGAUCUGACCAGCUUCCGCAUUAGAAGGCAAGAACUAACUGUUCCGCAGCUUUAUGAUAAGACUUUCUUCAGGGUCAUUUCAGCGUUUUCCUAUGCCUUGAGGCAGAAAGAAAAAUACGUGCCAAGAAUCUUGGCUUGCCUUCCAGAAAACACAACUGCCUUUAACUUUGCCCAUGCUCUCCAGUGUAUCGAAGGCAAUGAUGUUCGUGACUAUGGAUAAUUGAUCCGUGGCACAAAUAGCACACAAAAAGGAACCUAGCUCUAAUACAUUCCAACUCCUUUAGCAUGCAUUUAUUACAUAGUUAUUUCUUAAAAUUGUAAGGCCAUGUUAGAUGCUAGUACUGCUGAGGCGAUGCAUACAGAAUUGCUGCGACAGAUGUUACAUUUGGUAAUUGUAGGAAGGCCAAGAUACUUACUAUGGAAAAGGUUUACAGAAUUCAAUGGUGCAUUACGUGGGUACUGACUUUCUUAGAUGCCCACCUCCUUAGAUCUAAAAUUUAGCCCCCUCUUCCUAGUGGAAGUAGAAGAUGUGAACCAACUAUUUUUGUUGUUGUUGUUCUCAUUUGUUACAUAGAACCAGGGAGGUUAAAACUGUGAUCUUAUGCCACGUCUUUGAUGGCCACUUCGGGGCUGUGGCCAGGGACACAUUCCUAUCUCCAUAGUGCUAAUUGCUUUUGUUAGAGCCAUACAACUUAUUUCUGAGUAAGAAUAUAUUUAAUCCCAAUAGUUCCUCUUAGUACACAGAUAAUACAAGGAAUGUUAAGCUUUUAAGAUGCACUAUUCAUCAGAUAAAGAAUACCUGGCAAUAAUUUCCACUGUAGUGUAACUUUGGAACCAAUAACUAGGGUUA